AUGUCCCAAUUCUACAUCCCCUCCAGCACCACGACCUCGACUCCAGCCUCCCGGCCCUCCUUCUCCGCCAACUCCGACGACGACGAAGACACCCUCCCCUACCCCGCCGAACUCCCACGCUCCGACUUCCUUGCCCAGGACUUCAAUCCCGAAACCUACCUCUCCUCCCUACGCAACCGGCAUCAAACCCUCGAAGACCUGCGCUCAGACCUCCGCUCUCGAAGCCAACUCCUGAACCGUGAGCUCCUGGACCUCGUGAACGGGAAUUAUGAGGAGUUCCUCUCCCUCGGCUCGGACUUACAAGGUGGAGAGGAGAAAUUCGAGGGUGUAAGGGUUGGGGUUUUGGGGUUUCAGAGGGAGGUGGAGGGUUUAGCGGGAUUGGUUGAGGAGAGGAGGGUAGAGGUUGAGAGGUUGCUGGUGGAGAAGAGGGAAGUGAGGAGGGAGGUUUUGGUUGGGAGGGCGCUGUUGGAGGUUGAGGCUGGAGUGGCGGAGUCAGAGGAGACGUUGGGAAUUGCGGAUGUGGAGCGAGAGGAGGAUGGGCAUGGGGAGGAGGAUGAGUUUGACGACGACUUUGACGAUGAUGAAGAUGAUGGUGUGGAGAAGACCGCUCUUCUUCCACCGCAACUUCGGCGGCUACAAAGACACACGGAGCAGUAUAUCCUACUCAUCCAAACGGUGGAGCACAUCGGUCCCAGACACCCUUUCUUGCAGGCACAAACUCCACGACUUGCCGAGUUGCGGAAAACGCUCUUGCUUGACUUAGCUGCUGCAAUGAGGCAAGCAAAGACGAACAAAGCUGCUGAAGAUUUGCUGGUUAUUGUCCAGCUUUACGGCGAUCUUGGGGCUGAGAGUGAUGGAGUGCGGGUGCUUAGAGGUGGCUGA